AUGGCUGACUCCGAACCUCGUCGCGAGCGGAGACCCUCCGUUGGAGCUCCCAUUGCCGAUCUCCAAGGUCCUGUCGGUCCCGGAUUUAGUCGUCCCAAGCACAAACGUACCUACACUGGUCUGGGACCAGCUGAGAUCAAGAGUGUGGAAGCUAGUAUUCCUGAACCAUUACGAGAGGCCUGGAAGAAACAUUCGGCGAGUGAAUUUACGAACAAAGAAGAGUUUGAGAAAGAGCUUGUACGUCACAUUGAGACUACACUUGCUCGUUCGCUGUACAACUGCGAUGAAUUGGCCGCGUACUCCGGCACCGCGCUUGCCUUUCGUGACCGAUUGAUCAUCGAGUGGAACAAGACACAGCAGCGUCAGACUUUCACCGACCAGAAGCGAGUCUACUAUCUGUCUCUUGAGUUCCUCAUGGGUCGUGCGUUGGACAAUGCUAUGCUGAAUGUUGGAUUGAAGGAGGCCGCGCGAGAGGGAUUGAGUGAUCUCGGCUUCCAAAUCGAGGACGUUAUCAGCCAGGAGCAUGAUGCGGCUCUGGGCAACGGUGGCCUGGGACGUCUGGCGGCGUGUUUCUUGGACAGCAUGGCGACACUGAAUUAUCCUGCCUGGGGAUAUGGUCUGCGGUAUCGCUAUGGUAUCUUCAAGCAGGAGAUCAUCAAUGGAUACCAAGUGGAAAUCCCGGACUACUGGCUUGACAACAACCCCUGGGAGUUUCCACGACACGAUGUCACAGUCGACAUUCAAUUCUACGGCAACGUGAAGAAGUACCAAGGAGAGAAUGGCAAGAUUGCUCACUCUUGGGAGGAUGGCGAGAUCGUUCAAGCCACUGCGUAUGAUGUCCCCAUUCCCGGAUACGGUACCAAGACGACCAACAACCUCCGCUUGUGGUCUAGCAAAGCUAGCAGUGGAGAGUUUGACUUCCAGAAGUUCAACGCUGGAGAUUAUGAAAGCGCCGUGGCAGACCAGCAGAAUGCCGAAACCAUCUCGGCCGUUCUCUACCCCAACGACAACCUCGAGCGCGGAAAGGAACUCCGUCUGAAGCAGCAAUACUUCUGGUGCGCUGCCUCGCUGUUUGACAUUGUCCGACGAUUCAAGAAGACCAAGAGAGCCUGGAGCGAGUUCCCCGAUCAAAUUGCCAUUCAGCUGAACGACACUCACCCCACCCUUGCUAUUGUAGAGUUGCAACGCAUCUUGAUUGACAAGGAAGGCCUUGAGUGGGAUGAGGCAUGGAACAUCGUGACCAAGACCUUCGCAUACACCAACCACACCGUCCUUCCCGAAGCACUGGAGAAGUGGUCUGUCCCACUGAUGCAGAACUUGCUCCCUCGUCACUUGCAGAUUAUCUACGAGAUUAAUCUUUUCUUCCUGCAAUCUGUUGAGAAGAGGUUCCCCAAGGACCGGGAAAUCCUAUCUCGGGUCUCCAUUAUCGAGGAGUCGCAUCCCAAGAUGGUGCGCAUGGCCUAUCUGGCCAUCAUCGGCUCUCACAAAGUCAACGGUGUGGCCGAGCUACACUCGGACCUUCUCAAGACUACUCUUUUCAAGGACUUUGUGGAGAUCUAUGGAGUCGACCGCUUCAUGAAUGUCACCAACGGCAUUACUCCUCGACGUUGGCUGCACCAGGCCAACCCUAGACUGUCUGCUUUGAUUGCGGAGAAGCUUGGUAGUUAUGAGUUCCUGAAGGAUCUCACACUUCUUGACAAGAUCGAGGCAUUUGUCGAUGACAAGGCCUUCCGGGCUGAGUGGGCUGAAAUCAAGCGGGAGAACAAGGCACGACUUGCCAAGCAUAUCAAGGCCACCACCGGAUUCGAUGUGAACCCCAAUGCUCUGUUUGACGUUCAGGUCAAGCGUAUCCACGAGUACAAGCGCCAGCAGCUCAACAUCUUCGGUGUCAUCCACCGCUACCUGACUAUCAAGAAUAUGACCCCCGAACAGAAGAAGAAGGUGGUUCCUCGUGUUUCAAUCUUCGGAGGCAAGGCUGCCCCAGGGUACUGGAUGGCGAAGACAAUCAUUCACCUCAUCAACAAGGUAGCCGAGGUUGUAAAUAAAGAUCCAGAGGUUGGCGAUCUCUUGAAGGUGAUCUUCAUCGAAGACUACAACGUCAGCAAAGCCGAGAUUAUUUGCCCCGCCUCGGAUCUCAGCGAGCACAUUUCCACAGCCGGCACCGAAGGCAGUGGUACAAGUAACAUGAAAUUCGUCCUGAACGGAGGUCUAAUCAUCGGUACCUGCGACGGAGCCAACAUCGAAAUCACCCGAGAAAUCGGCGAACAGAACAUCUUCCUCUUCGGCAACCUCGCCGAAGACGUCGAGGAUCUCCGUCAUCGCCAUUUCUACGGCGACUUCAAGCUUGACCCCCAAUUGGAGCGCGUCUUCAACGCAAUCAAGGGCAACACAUUCGGUGACGCAGGCGACUUCUCCGCCCUCACCAAUUCCAUCGAGGAACAUGGCGACUACUAUCUCGUCUCGGACGAUUUCAACUCCUACGUCACUACACAUGACAUGGUCGACGAGGCAUUCCUCAACCAGGAGGAGUGGCUUGCCAAGUCUAUCAGCUCUGUUGCGCGCAUGGGCUUCUUCUCCAUGGAUCGUGUUACUAACGAGUAUGCGGAUAGUAUUUGGAAUGUUGAGCCGCUUAAUAUUAAGGAGGAUGAGUAG